AAUGUUGUCCGCGGCGCUGGAGACAGAAGUAAAACAAAACUAGCGGGUAGUCAUUGGUAGACCGCUGUUACCCACCGUUAUUGUGAGACUGGUCGGAACCGAACCAAACACUGAUUUGAACUAUGUACAGAAAGAAAGACGGAAAAGCUAUACUGUCGAUCCGCAUAUUGUGAUUCAAUGGGUGCGGGGACGAAGGGAUUCAAUGAAGUUCACCGAAUACUCCCAGAUUUUCCUAGCGCGUUGCUGCACCGCCGGUGUUACAAUCCGGUUUGCGUUGUGGCCAACGGCGAUUCGCUUUGCAAGCGACACACCUACGUGUUCCUGAUGCCGUUUGGGCUGCUGUAGAAUGGCGCAGAUAGAUGCGUUGUGACUAUUUGCCUUUCCUUUUUUGACAUUAUGAUUGCGAGUGGAAAUGAAAAACACUUGAUACGAGUCGACAUUGAUGUACCCAGCUAUGUCGUCCACCCCAGAACCGGUAGAUCCAACGCGGAUUAUGGGCAAACUGGAAUGUCUCAAAGAGAUCCGUUGCCGUACUGUGCAAAUGGAAAAGAUGAAGACUCGGCUCAAACAGUCAAUUGAACGGACGGAAAGUGAAGAACGAUGUCUUGAAGAAUACAGAUCCGAACUUGAACAGCUAAUUCAAGAAAAGAUGGCACACGUUGAGGAGCUUCGCCUAAUUCACCAGGAUAUUAAUAGCAUGGAACAGGUAAUUAAGCAAGCGCAAGAAGAGCGCAACCAGCAUCUUGAAGUGGCAAAGCAGCUUCACCAUGAGAUUCGUCCCCUUAAAGACCUUGUCGAUAGACUUCGUGCAGAAAUCGGUUUGGCAAAGCUUCCGGAACUUCACCAGGAGGAGCCUCUAAUCAAGCCAGAGUUUUUUGAGAGACAACGCUUCGACACCCAGCCAAUUUCGCACCAUGAUAUGGGGGCUGCACCACAGGUUCUACCCGUAGUUCCAUCGGACAAUCCUCUUUUGCAGCAACAUCAACAACAAUUGGCCUCGGCUGUACAGCAAAUGCGACAGCGAGGCGGAGUCGGAGCAGCUAUUCCUGGGAUGGGCGGUGGUGCAGGCGCGAUGUCUGCCGGAGGUCUAAUGGCUGCUGAUCGGCCGCAGAGCUCGGCAGCGUUCCGUCAACAGCCUCCCCCAAUGAAAAGCUGUCUUUCGUGUCAUCAACAGAUUCACAGGAAUGCUCCAAUCUGCCCACUUUGCAAGGCGAAGUCACGUUCGCGCAACCCAAAGAAACCUAAAAGAAAGAUGGAAGAUUAAAAUAAUGCCGAUAAAAUACUUUUCAAGUCACCAGUGCAGGUUAUAAUGGUGCCUAUAUAACAAACGUUACCCAACAGCAUGCUGCUCUAUUCGACUCGCAACCUAUUCUUGCUCGAAUGUUUGGAUCGCAUCUAUUUGACCCCAAAAAUCAAUUAUUAUGGCUCUAUGUUACCAUUUUGGUCCGUAGAAGUUCAUUAAAUGUGACGCCAUUGCUUUUGUUUCUAAUCUCUAUAACACUAUUAGCAUCGAACUAACAUCUGCUAAUGUAUUCUUAUGACUAAAGUUACGUACUCCUUACCAUCCUUAGGGCCAUUACCAACCAUAAGGUCAUUUUUAGAGUGUAAGUAAGGUGAUAUAAAGGCGUGUCGUAGUGGCAUAAGUAGACAUAAGCGAUUGUCUAAACCGGAUCGUACAUUUUUCCAAUGUUUUGAUAUUGAUUUUGAGUCGAAGCCAUAUCUCAUAUAUUUAAUUUGUGAUUAAACAAACAAAAGAGUUGAAUAGAAGACUUGUACAUUAAUUGUACGGUAAUCAAACCACUGUUGAUGUCGUAACACACUAAUGAUCACUGCGCUGCACCGGCUGAAAACACAACUUCUGUAUAUGGUUGAUAAAAGUCGUAAAUUCUGCUUCCGUCUUAACCAUGGGGGAACUGAAGAUGUCAUGGGGUUAGAGAGCUGGGAAAAGGGAUGAAGGGCAAAAAUGGUUUAUGCAGAGUGACGAUAGGCGAAAUGGAGAAUGCAGCUGCAAUAUGAAACCAUUGGAGUAUGCAUCCGAUUUACCAUAAGAAUUAUAGGAUCCGCAUCACUUAAAUAUGCAAACUUUAAUUAAUCGGAUACGUAUGUUUCGAGCGUUUUUGAAGCCGCUUCUUCCUACGCAAUCUGUUGAAUCUGCCAAAUCUGGAUGCUCACUCCGAGGUAACGACAUCCUUAAAGGAUGACAGCCGGAUAAACAGGUGAAUUUCCGCGGGCAUUUAGGUACAUUUAUCUUCUGCAGGUGUAUAGCAACCAAAGAAGCGGAGAACCUAGUUGUAAGCCUGAUGGAUCCUCCGCUUAUGUGUACUUCACAAGAUUGUAUUAUUAUUAUUAUUCUAUAACGCUAUAUAAUCGAAACCUUCAGGUUUAUUAACCACGUAUUGCAGAGAGAGAGAAAUAAAGUUUAGUAAUGGUUGCUAAAGGGCGAUAUUGAAAUGGCAAUGAUAACGGAUGAUUACCGCUAUCAGCAUUUAAUCCACCAUCACCCACUGAUGAUAAGUUAGGCAACCAGUCUGACUUGUAGACGUGAAUUAGUGUGAUGUCAAGUUCACGCGUUUCGUCAAAUUUUCAUCAGCAGACGAAUAGAUAAUGUUCAGUUAUAGGGUACGAUACCAAACACGCUCAGUUCCUAGUUUACCUGGGCCUUUGUUGAAAUGGGGUCCACUAUUUGAGUUAGGCAAGGUCCAGAUGCCGUGUAAACCAGACAUAACGCCCGUUUGUAUUGCCUUGUAUUAUACAUCGAUGUAUAUUAUCUACAAAUAGAUGUGUUAGAAAAAAAUGUUAGACCCUAACAUGCAUACAUCAAAUAAAAUCGUACAAGUUGUGUGGAUCUGAAAGAAGCUGUUCAGAAAGAACGAUUACUGUUUUAUAUUAGGUUCACGAUGCGCUUGUAUACCAAUUUUAGACAAAAAUAAAUCUAUGAAAAGCUGACUACGAGUUUAAACCUCCUUGUAUAGUAAAAUUGAUUUGGCAAAUGGCCAAAUCCUGUAUAUAUAAUACAUAUACAGAUUUUUUUUACUACAACUUUUGAAUUCGAUAGUAUGAUGGGUCUACUUUUGAGUUGCGUUUAAUUCCUUAGUUAAUUCCCGGUUAUUUUUUUUUCAUUUGAGCUUACGAGUUAUAAGCGAUUCUUGCUCACCCGAUAGUGAAUAAAAUCCUGUACUUAUACAGCACACUUCGUAGCUCUGUCGUAUGGAUUACAAUACCUAUUAUUCUUCUAAAAGAAAGCAUUUUGAAACUGUAAAGUAUAAAUUCAUCAUAAUACAGUACACGAGAAAGCUACGCAUGCUUCAGUUCGAAGAUUAAGGAGAGAUAAACGAAGGGAGUUCAGUAUGUGACGGAAGAGAUUUCUGUCGGAAAUUUAGGAUUAAAAGUGACGCGUGAACGGCUGACAAAUGACAUAUAGACAGAUACGUACCUAUAACAGGAAUGAACUUUCUAAUGAUAGAUAAAAUAAAGAAGAACACUGCUGAUCUCCAAAGUUCCUACGCCAGAACUCAACGAGAGCACGCUCGUCACAAUGGAGUUGCUGUCUACUUCAUUUGUAAACAUGCCGUACCUUUUUGUAAAAUGUCAUAUACAUAAACGUGCCGAAACAUACA